UCUCCUUCCACAAAGGCCAAAUGGUGGCAGGCUCCCUUGGGCUUCAUUAGUACGUAUGCACUCGCAGGAGUGGCUGCAGGAAGGGUGGCAGGAAGGAGGCUUUCCCUGAAUCGCAGCUUUUAAUGUUGGCACUCGUUACCGCUGCCUCUGUGGUAGCUACGAUUUGUGUAUUCUCUGCAGUUAGGUUUUUAAUAGCUGGUUUUGUCCGACUCGAUAAACGCAUAUGUUAGUCUGGCCUGGAAGUCGGUGGGAAAGACUAGAAGUGCAUAAGCUUGGCGUCUUUUAUGCAUGUCGUAAAUUCAUCUCACUAAUACAUGCAGUUAAUAAUGUCUGCCCUAGAUAGGCCUGGAAUUUUUCAAACUGUGUUGGAAUAGUUCAUUUCCAGAAACAGAGGUAAGAGCCCUGUGCAGUAGUUUUCUGUUUUGUUUUUGAUUCGGCUAAUAUUCUUUAGUUCAGGCAAUGAACUGCAAUGUGGAAAAUAAUGUUAACAUUGAAAUAAAUGCUGUAAUAUCAGAUUUCUGAAGUGAAAGCUCUGUGGGGAGAUGGUCAAAGAAAAAGACAGGAAAAAGAAUCUACUGAACAUACAGUUUAUAGUGAUUUGCCGCUACCGUGUGUCUUGUGUAGUUUAGAUUUGCUUGGGGUUUUUUAAUCAGAUUGUGAAAACUAAACCUUAUAACCUUACAUCUGUAGCUCUUCCUGACAGUCAUCCUAAUGUCAGGAUGAGAGAAAGCAUAGUGGAAAAAUCAUAACCUCAACAGUUAAUUUUGCAAGAGUCCUUUAAAGUAUGUAAUAAAGGAAUUAAAUUUGGUAACUUCUUGGACUUCUAGCAGAAGGUUGGACUUCUAACAUACAAUCAACACAAUUAGAACACUUGUUAGCUUCUCGAGGAUUCUUUAGUACUAAAGAGACUUAACAUUCUAAAACAUUUGAUGUUUUAUGUUCAUUGCAUAGAAAAUGCAGUGAAUGUGCACCUCCCCCCUGUGAUCUAACAAGUACACUUUAAUAAACCUCAGCAGUGACCUUCUGAAGUCCUGCUGUUUCAAAGCAGAGAGGUUGUGAAUCUUCAUUUGUGUAUUUGGUUUUAUUUUUUCAUUCACAAGUAGCAUGGAUCUCCUUAUGAUGGGAAAAAAGUUAGCUUCUAGAAGGAGGGGGAAGAUAUUACUAUGUUUAUUGCUGUGGGUUAGAUUUGGCCUUCUUAGGUCAUGGGCAUUUUACUACUGUUUUACUGCAUCUUUACAGUUCCAAGAUUCUGUAAGCGGAGGAACCAUUUGCUAGCAUCAGGCUAUGAGUUGCUAUGUAAGAUGAACUGUGUUCGUUUACUUGUCCAUCAAUUCAAAUUCACAUCAUCCUGCCUCAGUAGGUGGCUUGGCCCUGUGAAUAGUUCAAGACUAUUGGAUGACUACACUUUAUGCAAAACCUGGAAUCUUCCUGCCUGGACUCCUUUCCAUUUUCUAAGGGUUCAUGUUGGGGAGAGGUCUAAAACGCAAGCUGAGUGACUAUGAUGAGAACAUGGUUGGCCUCUCGAGUGCCUUUGAUUCCAGUCGAAAUCUGCCAUACUCGCUUAAGAGGCAGUUGGUGCUUAAUAUGUGCCUCACCAAGUUACAGACAUACAAAAUGCUGGUGGAACCAAACUUGCACCGCUCUGUCCUCAUAGCAAACACAGUACGGCAAAUUCAAGAGGAAAUGAGACAGGAGAGUAAUCAGCAGCCAAUUAAUGUCUGCCCUGGCAUUACUCCUAGUUCUCACAGCUACACAGGGAUGGAAUCAUCUGGAAUUUCUCUCCAGUCGCCUUCAGGUAUUAGUCAGCAAGAGUCUAACUGUUGCGACUUGCGGUCUGUAGAAGACCCAAUUGAAAAUAGCCUGCUGAUAGUUUCAGAUGAUGAUAUGUCAUCUGCUAUUUCAUCUAUUUUGAAAGAUUUAGACUUUGUAGAAGAUAUAAGCCCACCUACUUGUCUGGUUCCUACUGGAGAUGACCAGCCAAAGUUUCCAGAAAAUACUGGUCUAAAACUAGAAGAUGAUAGACAGGAUUUGAAGGGAGCUGAAUGUGUGUUUGGUUCCUUUGAGAUUUCAAAUUCAACUAGUUACUUGAAGGAUUUGGCGAUAGAUGACAUUUUUGAAGAUAUCGACACUUCAAUGUAUGACUCAGACUUUUGUUGCCCUCCACUAAUGCCACCCAGACCACCAUCUCUUGCUACAGAAGAACCAUUGAAAACCUUUCCAUCUUGUAAUUCUUCUUCAGCAAGCAAUAUUCAGAUAUGUAGAACAGAUCUGAGUGAGUUGGACCACAUCAUGGAAAUUCUCGUUGGAUCCUGAUACUUGUUUUACCCAAAGAUACUUUUUAACUGCCACUUUUCGUUUGGUUUCAGGAUAAAAGCCACUGGAAAAGUUGUAAAGAAUUCUUUAAAACACAAACUGAAAUAAUUUGUCCAUAGUGGGAUUUUCUAAGUAAUUCCAAAACUUCAAAACCAAAAGAGUGGCAGAUUUAAUUUUUUUUAAGAAAUAUUUAUUUAUCAGAACUGUGCAAUCAUCAUUUUCCUUCCAAGGGCGUAUGUGGAACAAUAGGCACAUACCCUUAUCACCCCUCAUGCUUCUUUCAAUAAACUUUUUUAUGUGCAAUUUUUAAUUUGUCAGAAGAAAUUUACAUGCAAAAUGAAUUUCAUAUGAGAUGAUCUUUUACAAAGCCUCCACUUUAUUUUUAAUAUCAGAGUCUAUGCCAAGUUGGCAUCCGUCAAGUUGCGUAGUUGGAUUGUGUGGAUUGCAGAUGCGUUACUAGAGAUGGUAUAUUUUAAAAAUGAGACACACUGCUUUCUUUUGGUCAGAAAAGCAGAUUAAGACACUUAUCAACGAAGUCUCUUGCAUUUUCUAAAGCAUUCAGAACUAUUUAUUUUUGUAAAUUUUAUAGUCUUUCUACAUUUUACUACGUUAUUUCAUCAUAGUUCAAAUAUAAUGGACUUCUAGUUGGAUGUGUUUAGCACUACCUCUGAACUGAAAUGCUUUAACUCUUUCCAGUGCUUCAUCUAAGACUACAGAUCUUUUUGUUUCUAUAUUUUUCUGGGGGAAAGUACUUCUAACACAUUAAGCUGAUCUUUUGGCAGUGACAUAGCUGAUUUGUGAAAUCGAGGGUAUUCAAUGUUUAAACUUUUAAGUAUUUACAAAUGUAAUUUAUAUGUAGAUUGUGCAAUUUAACAUUUUUCUGUCAGUAUUAUGUGCUUAGAUUUUGAAUAAUCUUGGCGUUCUUUAAAUUAAAACUUAUUAUGUACAGGUAGCUUUUUAAUCUAUUUUGGAAAACACUGUCCUUCAACCUGCUUUCACUACAAAGUUUAAGAUGAUUUUUAUGUGCAAUAUUAUUUAAGAAGAUACACAUUUGUAAACCUGGCAUUGUGGAAAGAAACUUAAGACUUAAAACUUCUAGCACCUUUGGAGGAUACUGAAGAGUCAACAUUGCUGUAUCCUUUAAGAAACAAAGUUGAGAACACUUCUUGCUAUGCCAGUGCUUACUGCUUUGAAUACUCCUGAAAUACUCAUGGAUGCAUGGGGAGUCAGUGCUGAUGACUGAGUACCAUCGUGCCGCUGUGUCGGUACCACAGAGCUCAGGGUCUGACCGCUCAGGCACAGCGCCGGGGCUGGGGCCUGCAUGGGCUUUGGAACAUCAUAGUGGCAGCUGCUACAGCUGCAGCCUGGCCCAGGGAAGGAGGAUGCAUUGGAUGGCAGGCGUGUAUAUAAGUAUAUGUAAGCGCACUCGUCAACUGAAGAUGAGAUUUGCAGUGAGAACUACUUUUCCAUAAGGCAGUUUGGAUACUGUGUUUCAGCUUGAACUGAGGUCUGUAUUGAUCCUUGCUAUUGUCUUCUGAAUUACACACUUGCACAUUAGGUUUUGGGUUUGUUUUUAAUUUUAUUUUAUUUUUUAAUUCUAAAACCUUUACUUCAUUCUUGAAAGAUGCAGCACCUGUCUUGUAAAAAAAUUUGCAGUUGUAAAAGCUUUGCUUUGGUUUGUUGUUUGGGGUGUGUUUUUCUGUUGUUUUGCUGAGACUUUUCAGGAAUGGGGCAUGAGCAGAGAUAAAAACUGCUGCCUGUGUGUUGCAUCUCACAGAAGUUGAAAUCCUGGCCCUGCUGAAGGGACCAGGGUGUCACAGAAUUAUUUCUAGUCUUAACUGAUGCUGUGGCACACCUACCCUGUGCAAAGAUCUCUUAUUUUUUACUGUGACUAUUUUGGUUAACAGCUGCCAUUAACAGUUUGGUAUCCCAAACCAAUGGAGAAGCAGUUCAGGUCACAUCCUCCCAGCCAUCUGGGUUGUUUAGCAACCGAAGGGUAUAAAUGUAUUUAUAUGCAUAUAAUGUAUUGAUUCUAAUAUAAAACUUCUGAUCUAAAGUAUUUUGAAUUGCUGGAUAAAGGGAUUUGUUUGAAGAGUGUAUAAAUAGUUCUUGAAGAGGUACAGCUUCAGAAUGUACACAGAUUGUGCAUUGUGUAUAGACUACUCUGGCUUUUCCUCAGCCUCUACUUUUGUAUUAAAGAUAUGACUGAAUAAAUCCUUGAAAUAUUAAGGGCCUUCUGCACUGUGAUGAAACGGAGUUGUGGUUAAAAAUGUCUUUAAAUUUAGUGAUGAGUGAUUAAAAGAAUCCAAUUUCUUUUUGCAUUUGAAAAUAGGGAAUGUUACUAUGCAGUAAAGAUAUUUUGGUAUGAAAAUUGUAUCAUGUAGCAAAUAGUGAACACUUAUUAAAUCCACAGACUCACCUUGCAGCCCCUAUAAAAACGUGAGAGGAGACAGCUUGUUUUUCAGCAUUCACAUGCUGAAGGUUUUUGUAUACUCUGGAAAAGGAAUAAAUUGGUGGUAAAUAUUUUAUCAACAAUUCAGAAUGCAUUUGUUGUUGAAGUGCUUGCUACAGAGCUCUGUUUCUAAUUGAUUGCUUGCAUCACAGUGCCAAGACCAUAAGUUGGUGUGUAAUGCAGUUCGGUUAUGUACAGAAUUAUGUGCAAAGGGAAGUUUAAUUUUUAAAUAUGCACAAAUUAAUUUUAAAAUCCUUCCAUGUAAAAUGAAGUUAGAGGCUAGUUGUGGUGGACCUAUUUAUUGUAUGUUUGGAAAUAAAAGCCACAGUUUUGCAGUUCAA